AUGUCAAAUAACGGCCUGGACAUUCAAGAUAAGCCCCCAGCCCCUCCAAUGAGAAACACCAGCACUAUGAUUGGAGCUGGUAGCAAAGAUGCUGGAACCCUAAACCACGGCUCCAAACCUCUGCCUCCAAAUCCAGAGGAGAAGAAAAAGAAGGACCGAUUCUACAGAUCCAUCCUACCUGGAGAUAAAACAAACAAAAAGAAGGAGAAAGAGCGGCCGGAGAUUUCUCUUCCCUCAGACUUUGAGCACACGAUUCACGUUGGGUUUGAUGCUGUCACAGGGGAGUUUACAGGGAUGCCAGAACAGUGGGCCCGCUUGCUUCAGACAUCAAACAUCACGAAGUCGGAGCAGAAGAAAAACCCGCAGGCUGUGCUGGAUGUGUUGGAAUUCUAUAACUCCAAGAAGACCUCCAAUAGCCAGAAGUACAUGAGCUUUACAGAUAAACUAGCUGAGGAUUAUAAUUCUUCUAACACGUUGAACGUGAAGACUGUGUCUGAGACCCCCGCAGUGCCACCGGUUUCAGAAGAUGAAGACGAUGAUGAUGAUGCUACCCCACCUCCCGUGAUUGCUCCACGCCCAGAGCACACAAAAUCUGUCUACACACGGUCUGUGAUUGAACCGCUUCCUGUUACUCCAACCCGGGAUGUGGCUACAUCUCCCAUUUCCCCUACGGAGAGUAAUACCACUCCUCCAGAUGCUCUGACCCGGAAUACUGAGAAGCAGAAGAAGAAGCCUAAAAUGUCUGAUGAAGAGAUCUUGGAGAAAUUACGAAGCAUCGUGAGUGUGGGCGAUCCUAAGAAGAAAUAUACACGGUUUGAGAAGAUUGGACAAGGCGCUUCGGGCACUGUGUACACAGCAAUGGAUGUGGCCACAGGACAGGAGGUGGCCAUUAAGCAGAUGAACCUUCAGCAGCAGCCGAAGAAAGAGCUGAUUAUUAAUGAGAUCCUGGUCAUGAGGGAAAAUAAGAACCCAAAUAUUGUGAACUACUUGGACAGUUACCUCGUGGGAGAUGAGCUGUGGGUUGUCAUGGAAUACUUGGCUGGAGGCUCUUUGACAGAUGUGGUGACGGAAACCUGCAUGGAUGAAGGCCAGAUUGCAGCUGUUUGCCGUGAGUGCCUGCAAGCUUUGGAGUUUCUGCAUUCCAACCAGGUCAUUCACAGAGAUAUCAAGAGUGACAACAUCCUGUUGGGAAUGGAUGGCUCUGUCAAGCUAACUGAUUUUGGAUUCUGCGCCCAGAUCACCCCGGAGCAGAGCAAACGGAGCACCAUGGUGGGAACCCCAUACUGGAUGGCACCAGAGGUUGUGACGCGGAAAGCCUAUGGGCCCAAGGUCGAUAUCUGGUCCCUGGGCAUCAUGGCCAUUGAAAUGAUUGAAGGGGAGCCCCCAUACCUCAAUGAAAACCCUCUGAGAGCCUUGUACCUCAUUGCCACCAAUGGGACCCCAGAGCUUCAGAACCCAGAGAAGCUGUCAUCUAUCUUCCGAGACUUCCUGAACCGCUGUCUUGAGAUGGAUGUGGAGAAGAGAGGUUCAGCUAAAGAACUGUUACAGCAUCAGUUCCUGAAGAUUGCCAAGCCCCUCUCCAGCCUCACUCCACUGAUCGCUGCAGCAAAGGAGGCAGCCAAGAACAAUCACUGA